AAAAGACCCCAGCAGGAAUGGACAAGAUGGAGUGUACGUUAUUUACCCUGACAGACGGAGAGAAGUUUUCUGUAACAUGACGACAGAUGGAGGAGGGUGGACGGUCAUUCAGAAACGAGAAGAUGGCGACGUGGAUUUUUAUAGGACAUGGAAAGAGUAUAAAGAGGGAUUUGGGAAUGCCUCUAAAAACUAUUGGAUAGGAAACGAUGCAAUCCAUGCUUUAACCAAAGAUCAGGACCAAGAACUCCGUGUUAAUCUCCAGAGAUUUAACGGAGAAACAGCGUUUGCUGAGUAUUCCACGUUUUAUAUCGGAAAUGAGGCAGAUAAAUACCGUAUGACAGUAUCCGGGUACAAUGGAACUGCAGGUGACGGUUUGGAUUAUCACAAUGGUAUGAAAUUUUCCACUAAAGAUCAGGAUAAUGACAUCGGUCGUCGUCACUGUGCUGAAUCCUAUCACGGCGCUUGGUGGUACAGGUCCUGUCUCGUCUCUAACCUGAACGGGGAGUAUGCCCAAUCUGCUGUGUUUUAUUUUGAUCACCCGAUAUGGGAGCAGUGGACGGAUGGAGAAGCACUACAGAAGACCUUGAUGAUGAUACAAACACUGACUCAGAAUAUCAAUAGAUUUAAUGAUUGA